CAUUUAAUAACUGAUCAAUUAAAAAAAAUCACAUCUGACCUGACUAAUGCUUGCUAAUGGCCAACAUCGUUGUCAGUUAAUCUAUUUUGUCUGUGCAAAUGAGCAAUUAAAUAAUCUUCAUGAAAACGCUGCUUAACUCCAUCAUGCAAUUUAUCAACCAUUUUUCUAUAACAUAUAUCUAGUUCUCAACCAGCUGCCUCGCCAUGAACCUCUCAGACCUCCUCUUCAGCUGCAAUGUCAGCCCAAGUGAGACACCACAGCUCGACAUUAGUGUCACCAGGAGAGAGCCGUUGGCAAUCGCUGUGCCUAUGACAAUCUUCUAUGGCAUUGUCUUCUUGUGUGGAGUCUUAUUCAAUGGUGUGAGCAUACUGACUCUCCUCAUGGAUGCUCAUAUGAGAGUCAGUGCCAUUCGUUUCUACCUUCUCAGCCUGGUAUUGUCAGACAUUCUACAGCUCUUGACCAUCCCCGUUACUUUGUAUCGGUACUACUGGGAGAGCUACCCAUGGCGUCUGGGCCAAGUGGUAUGCAAGGUCUACUUCAUGAUGCGCCAAGUGUACUGUGCCACCACAAGCUGGGUUAUCAUGACUUUCAGCACUGAGCGCUAUGCAGCCAUUUGCCACACCAUGUGGUCUGUCUCCAGCUUAAAGAAGUCACGGCUGCCAUGUCUCCUUUCAGUAUGGAUAAUUUCUCUGGUCUCAGCAGUACCCUUUGCUCUGGUCUAUGACCAAGCUCGGGCCUGCAUCCUAGACUACACUGCAACCACGCGAGAAGACGCUUUCCACGUUUCCACUAUGUGCGAGAUGACAGAGCCUGAUCCUGCACACAUCUACAAAGGGGCUUUACUGUUGAGAGCCGGGUUCUUCUUUCUGGUCCCACUUGUCUCCAUCUUUACCCUCUAUCUGCUCAUACUUCUCCACCUGAGAAGGAACGGACGUCAAAGGAGGAACAUGGGUCUCAUGCGGCCGAAUCCGGAAGGAAGACGAGAUAUCCAGUGCCAUCAGAACGGAAAGCUACUUUUAAGUGAGAAGAGAGCUCUAAAACUCAUGGGUGCAGUUGUGGUUGCCUUUUUUAUUUGCAACUUUCCAGACAUUGCCUCGUCGCUGAUGCAGGUCUAUGUGGUUGUGUGGUCUGACACUGUCCUUUCUGUCUACACAAUCCUUAAAUCAUACUUGUCACUUCCACUGUGGUAUAUCAACGGUGCUCUGGACCCACUACUGUUUUGUAUUUCCUCCCACAUAUUUCGCCGGGCAUGCUGGAGAACUUUGGGCAGGCUCAGGCCUCGAUGCUAUUGGAAGUAUGGGAACAUGCCUUGGCUGCGACAGAGAAGUUCUAGUGUAAAAGCAAGCACAGCAGUCAGAGAGAGGAUUAAUGGUAAAUGCAAUAGAGACAAUGGACAUAAAUUAAAUACAGUCACUAACAAAUCAGGUCAGAGGGAUAGGUACAUGGAAGCUCUCUUGAACAUGAGUUCAUUGUGAGUGUUUUACUACUUCACACUGUUAAAGACAAGAGUGUGAUCUAAAAACUAAAUGAAUUUUUUCCUAAAAAAAAAGUCUAUUUCUUUCCUUCACUCAGAGAGUGUCAUGAAAAUGUUUGAAAAGACUGUAAAAAUGUUUACUGUGUCUACAGAAUAUGUGGAUUUAAGUUGUGCUGUCAAGUAACAUUUCCGUUCUUUCAGAUGCUUUUUUGUCUAGCUACAAAUAUGUCUUAAAGUGUGUAUAAGUGUGUGUGGCAGCUAUGAAGACAUUCAGUGAAUGCAGUAUGUUUUCAGUGCGGUACCACAUUCCCAAAGUUUCCCAAAUUGUUACUGGAUAAAAUGUGUACUGUGUUGAGGUUAUGUAGCUCAAGAAUUUCCCUCCAGGGAUAAAUAAAGGAAUUCUGAUUCUGAUUCUGAUUAUAUCAUAACUUUAAUUGUGACAUGCUCAUCAUUUUUUUUCUAUGUAGAAGAGAAAAAAAUGCUCAGAUGCUGGGUCAGAACCAUGACUGAGUCACAGACAUGUUGCUUGCUGGCAGUGAUUAUCAGUCAUCUGCUUUAUUAUAUUCUACCUUCAAAAAGCCAAAAUGGUCAUCUGAACCUAGAUGACCAUUUUGGAAAAUAAUUAA